AUCACUUCCUUGUUCUGUAGUUUAUGUAAACUGUGAGACAUUGUGGUGACUUGUCUGUUGUUACUAUGUUUCCUUUUUUCGUAUCCUAACUAAACGUCCGUCGUCUCACAGAGUUUUCCCCCUGAAAACUCUCUAACAUGGCUUGUGCUGAUUCAGAUCUCGACCUGGAGACGAUUCCUCUCAUCGCACUGAAUGUGACUGUGAGGAAAAAGUUAGGACUUUACCUUAAUCCUAAAAAUGCAGUUGCCGCGGACUGGACGGCUGUUGCAGAGGCCAUGGACUUCAGUUACCUGGAGAUAAAGAACUAUGAAUCGACGAAAAACCCCACCACAAUGGUUCUGGUCGACUGGCAGGCUCGCGCCACGGACGCGACGGUGGGAAAGUUGUUGUCAAUCCUGACGAAGGUGGAGAGGAAUGACAUUGUGGAGGAUCUUCAUUCUUUAAUACUUGAGGAUGUCAGGAGGUAUUGUGAGAGACAGAAGAAGGCGGCUGAUCCCCCACUUCAGGUUCCUGAGGUGGACAGCUGUGUCCCCCGCACCCCUGAGAGGAAUGGCAUCACCCUGGAGGAUGACCCAGAAGGUACUCCUGAGCUGUUUGAUGCCUUCAUCUGCUACUGCCAGAGUGACUUCCACUUUGUCCAUGAGAUGAUCCGGGAGCUGGAACAGACAGACUACAAGCUGAAACUGUGUGUGUUCGACAGAGAUGUCCUCCCAGGCUCCUGUGUAUGGACCAUCACUAGUGAACUCAUUGAGAAGAGGUGUAAGAGGAUGGUGGUGGUGAUUUCUGAUGAAUACCUUGACAGUGAUGCCUGUGACUUUCAGACCAAGUUUGCUCUCAGCCUCUGUCCUGGAGCCCGAAGUAAACGGCUUAUCCCGGUGGUGUACAAGUCAAUGACAAAGCCAUUCCCCAGCAUCUUGCGCUUCCUCACCGUAUGUGACUACACCAGACCAUGCACACAGGCCUGGUUCUGGAUACGGCUGGCCAAAGCUCUUUCACUGCCAUAAUUAUGGACCAGGCGGUUAAUUGUGUUUAAAAUGUUGGACAGUGGUCAAACAUUACAGGUUCAAGUGUUUGCUGUUGCUUUCGAUGCACAUCCUGCUGGCAUCUAAACCCACCUGUGACUUCCUGUGUGUUUAUGGUAUAUAUUGCAAUGCUAUUAUUUGUUCUUCUUUUGAAGAUGACACAGUUAUUUCUGAACUUUAUGAUUAUGAAACUCAAUCUAUAGUUCUCAUAAAGCACGCAGCCAUUAUUAUGUUGUUAAAAUUUCAAGAAUAACAGAGGUUGUGCAUGCCUGUCACUAUUCUGUAUUUAUGUGAGUAAUAAUGUCAAGGAUAACCUGUUUCUAUUUAGGGCAGCAUGUACUAAAUGCUCUGUAAAAGCUGUCUUCUUUUGCACUGGCCACUUCCUCUUAUGAGUAAACUUCUAGAUGAGAUUGAAGCCUAAAGAGGAAGACAUAUUGUGGUUGUGAUACUUCCCCAUAUUCAGUUUUAUCGUCUGCUAACAUCUGCUGUUCUCUCUCACUUUGCCUGUCACCAUGAUGUCUUUACAUUUGAUUUUGUAUUUUUGAUAGUCUUUUUGGUGACAGUUUUAUGAAAACAUGAAUUUAUUGUAGGCUACUUUUAAUAAAUGGUCUAAAUAUUGUUAUAUCAAAAAUAAAUGUGAUACACAUUAAA